AUUUGUGUCGGCACUGAAAAAAGUAGCCCUGGCAAAUCAUCUAAACAGGACUGGCAUUUGAUUCGACUUAAAGCAAAAGUGAAUUUGCAAAUUGUUCUAGAAAAAUAUGGAUUUUUUGGACAUUGAAUCUUUUCGCUCUAAAUACAGUGAUAUAACUGUUACAGCUGUGCCUUCAGGCGGUAAUUCAUCGACGAACUGUAAUGUACAAAAGGACGGCGAUCCAUCGAUGGACGAACCGUUACUCGUAGAAGAACCACCUCGUGUGGAAAUCACCCGUGUGGAAGUAGUAGGAGGUUCAAAUGGAGGUGGUCAUGGUAGUGUUCCACCUCCACAGACAUCUAAUGAAAUGGAUCUGAAAAAUGCCGCCACUGCGUAUGCAAUGGAAUAUAAACAGGUGAUGGAUAAAUUGGAGCAUACCCGUUACUUGCAGGCCCAAUUGCAAUUAUUGACCCUAGCCAAUGGAGGCAGAGUUCUCGACAACGGUCUCUUUGAUCUAAUACCAUCGGGAAUUGCUAAUGAUCCCACUGCAAAUAUAGUGGAUAAAUAUUCAAAUAUUUUGGCUACUUUGGCCAGCAUGAAAAUGGAAAUCUCACCCACUUUAAUGGGAGCUCGUGGGCCUAGGGAGCGUUUGUUACGUGAUAUUGCCCAUGCCCGAAUUUUGGUAAGGGAGUGUAUCAUGCUAAUUGAACGGGAUCAACAGCAAGAAGAGCAGCAACAAUAAACCAAAUGACGUCAGACGAAGAAAGGGGAGAAAGGAAAAGAAAGAAGCAGCACUUAGGUUUCAAUUCCAUUCCAUUUGUUUACGAUGCAUAAUAAAAGCAUAAAAAAAUACAGUAAAAGAGAACACAGUUCUUAGAACUA